CUUGGCCCUCCCUCCCUCCGCCCAGUCUCUUCCAAUCUCUUUCUUUCUCUCUUCAGCUCCUCCAGGUAAACCCUACUCAAGCUUGUACCAACUUGUUUUUGACUGACAGGGAGCAAGGAGAGCUGUCUUCAUUCCGAGGGAACCCGAACACCUAUGCUCCCAAGGCGACCUGCCCAGACAGCAGCUCACCUCCCGCCAGGAGGGUGCCUCGCAGCCCUUGCAGGUAAGGGGCAGGCGGGGGUCAGACCCGGAGCCCACAGCCUGUGGGAGCGAGCUCGGGAACACGGCCCUUCUCAAGGCAGGAGCAGCACCCCAUGGUAGCCAGGUGGGCGAAGGGGAGCCAGGACGGUGCGCCCGCCUUGAAGAAGACGGCUUCUGACCUGCUGAGUGGUCCCAAGAGGCUGAGCAUGGACCCAGUGCACCUCAGCAUGUCCAGUGCGCCCCUGGUGAGGCACUCGGACAGGCCCCGCGUCAUGUCCAAGAGCGGGCACAGCAACGUGAGAAUCGACAAGGUGGAUGGCAUAUACUUACUCUACCUUCAAGACCUGUGGACGACCGUGAUCGACAUGAAGUGGAGAUACAAACUCACCUUGUUCGCGGCCACGUUCGUCAUGACCUGGUUCCUUUUCGGGGUGAUCUACUAUGCCAUCGCGUUCAUUCACGGGGACCUAGAACCCGGCGAGCCCAUUUCUAACCACACGCCCUGCAUCAUGAAGGUGGACUCCCUCACGGGGGCGUUUCUCUUCUCCCUGGAGUCCCAGACCACCAUCGGCUACGGCGUCCGCUCCAUCACGGAGGAGUGCCCUCACGCCAUCUUCCUGCUGGUCGCUCAGCUGGUCAUCACCACCUUGAUUGAGAUCUUCAUCACGGGCACCUUCCUGGCCAAAAUCGCCAGACCCAAGAAGCGGGCGGAGACCAUCAAGUUCAGCCACUGCGCGGUCAUCACCAAGCAGAACGGGAAGCUGUGCCUGGUGAUCCAGGUGGCCAACAUGCGCAAGAGCCUCCUGAUCCAGUGCCAGCUCUCUGGCAAGCUCCUGCAGACCCACGUCACCAAGGAGGGCGAGCGGAUCCUCCUCAACCAGGCAUCCGUCAAAUUCCACGUGGACUCCUCUUCCGAGAGCCCCUUCCUCAUUUUGCCCUUGACCUUCUACCACGUGCUGGAUGAGACCAGCCCCCUGAGAGAUCUCACACCCCAGAACCUGAAGGAGAAGGACUUUGAGCUCGUGGUGCUCCUCAAUGCCACCGUGGAGUCCACCAGCGCCGUCUGCCAGAGCCGCACGUCUUACAUCCCAGAGGAGAUCUACUGGGGUUUUGAGUUCGUGCCCGUGGUUUCUCUCUCCAAGAACGGCAAGUACGUGGCUGACUUCAGUCAGUUCGAGCAGAUCCGGAAGAGUUCUGAUUGCACGUUUUACUGCGCGGAUUCGGAGAAGCAGAAACUGGAGGAGAAGUACCGGCAGGAGGACCAGCGGGAGAGAGAACUGCGGACUCUCCUGUUACAGCAGAGCAAUGUCUGAUGGCGGUGCCCUGGCCUCAGUUGACUCUGUGGCCAUUUCCACAUCCAAGCUCCUUCGAACAAAAAUGUGUGGAUGCAUUUCUAGAAACACUGCACAGAUGUGCGAAAUCCAUCUUCUCCUUUGAUCUGGUGGCUCAACAAGAAUCUCCACCUUCAAGAAGGUUCCUUGUUUAAAUGCUUUGUCUGAAGCAAACUCCUAAAGUUCAGAUUUUCUAAGAUGGGGCUACAUUUGGCAGGACUUGGUAGGGCAAUUGCAAACAUGUCCUGCAGGAUGGACAGACAGUCAGCAUACUGAGAGUGAAGGGAAGGCAUUUCUCUAUAUGGCUAUCAGCUGUAAUAUAAGGUAUUUAUGCAAUCCAAUAUCAAAGGCAUUGUGGCCUUGAAAUGUGGUUCAGUGUUCACUCACACCAUGGUUUAAACUCUUUUCGAGCAAAGAAAAUGGUAUAUGUUCUGGAGGCUAUCUGUUAAUACAACAAAUAGAGCAGGGGGAGUCUGUACUCACAAAAUAUAAUAAUUCCAUUUCUGCCUUUUCCCAGUGGAUUUAAUUGUGCAGCGUGAAAUUGGUCCAUCAGGAAUUAACAGUUGUGAAAACAUGUACGGAUGGAACUGAGGCUGUUGUCCGCACUACUUUUUGCUGGAAUGUACUAGCCCCUUCCUAUUCAACAUGUGGCUCCCCGGCUGGCAGCAUCAGCCCCUUGAGAACUCAUUAGCCACAUAGAGGCCCAGGCCCUGCCCCACUUAGAGAACCAGAGUCAGUAUGGUCACCGCACCCCAUGGGACUCACGCACACUUGAGUUUGAAAAGCUCCUCUCUGGGCAGUGCAUUCAGAGUAACCUCGGAAGCUGAGGGACAGUGAGGGUCCCCUGUCCACGUGGCCUCCAGAUCUAUCCUUCCUUAGGUUCUUCAUGGUGCGCCAAGCUUCCUUUCAGCCACUUCUUUCCUGAGCUAGUAAAACACCUUGUCCACAGUGGAAGGGUCACUGAUAGUCCAAGAGCAAAAUCAAACUCUUGCAAGUAAUGGUCGCCUCAUUCACGCUAAGUACACACAUGCACGCAAUACACCACACACGUGCGCACGCGCACACACACACACACACAGGGAUGCACACCCUAGCUCUUGAAGCAUGAUGGUGGAAAUUAUCAAUGAAAGACAUUUGCAGUUAAAAUUUUGUUCUCUAAGAUGGGGAGCACUGGGACUUGGAGGAAAUGGGGAAAGUGGUGGGAUUCAGAUUGUCGGUGAAAUGGUGAUGUGGUCUUCUCUUGAUGUUACCAGAUUUCAAAUGUCCUUUAACAGAAAAUGUGCCUGACGCCACUGACCUGGAGCAGCCCAUCGAACGCAGGGCCAGAAUAAUGGGGGCAAAGUCGUAAAGGUUCAAAGAACAAUCUCAAUGCACAAGAGCUUUUGUCUUAUUAUUCAGGAAGUUUUCUUCUGUUUCUGUUAUAAUUUUAUGGCAGAUUGUCUUCGAUCUUAAAAACAUUACAUGUAGUUAGAUAUGACCCCUUUUAGUUGUGAUUUUUUAUUGUAUAUUGUGGUCUAAUUGGCAGAAGAAUAAUCCCAGGGGCAUGUUUACAGAUUUUCCGUUGCACAAGUACAUUCUUCUCACAGUAUUGCCAUCAAUGUCACUUGGAAUGUGAUCAAGGUUAGGAAUCUUACCUGCUUAUAUUGUAUAUGGUACAAUGAUGUAGCACAAGAUCGAAGAAUCUCUUUUAUGUUCACUUAGCAAUCUACUUCAGCCAAAUGUGAAACACUUGAUCAUCUGAUCUUUCGCACUAUAUGCAAAAUAAAUAUGCAGUGUCUUAAAAGCGGAUACUCGUGGAAGUCAAUAAGUGAUAUUACAGUGUAGUUUUUCAUACGUAGGUCUAAAGUCGUGGCUGGUUUGAAACUUAGCAUUUUCCAGUAAUAUUUAUUAUUACUUUCUACAAAACACUCUAAUGUUGACAUGCAAC